AUGCAAUUUGUACAAUUUAAUUCAAAACGUAAUCGACGUCAACGAUGGCAACGAUUUUGGCCAACAUCAUUACUAGCUUUAAUAACAAUAGUUGAAAUAUUAUUGGCAAGUAUCAUUAUUGGUCUAGAAUUUUGGAUUUGUUGCUGUGUAAAAUCACAGAGUUGUGCAACAUAUGUACUAAUUGUACAUAUUAUAUCGAUUGCUGCAUCAUGUGUUCUUUUGUUUUAUGAUGUUUUAUUUCUUCGUAAUCCUAAUACAUGCUUAUGGCCAAAUAAUUUGUGUAAUGAAGAAUCAUUAAAUCUUAAAUUCUUCGGUAUUAUCUUAGGUAGCAGCGCAAAUAUUAGUUGGAUUAAAUUUAUUUUGAUUAAAAUACAAAUUACUUGUACUGCAGUUAUGAUCGCUAUUUGUUUAGUUUAUAUUGGUGUCUAUGUUUAUACCAUUAUUAAAGUGCAUACAAAUAAUACAGUAACCGAUCCACACACAAUCAUUGAACUCGGGCGUAUACAAGCACCACCUCCGCCUUAUUGGCCAUCGCCACCACCACGAGAAUUACCACCGUCAUCUGAUUUUUAA